AUGAGUGUCGAGAUAGUGAAAUUAGCGGACGCUCAAAUAAAUCUUUUCGGAAAGAUCGCUCGCACUGGCGAGAAUCUCCGUAAAAUGGGGACUGCAAAAACCACUCAAGGGGUCGUCGAGGCUUGCCUGCAGGGUCUGGAAAAAAAGUGGAGCAAGUUCGAUCAACAGGACGAUGAGCUCUUUCCUCACCGAGACGUGCUUCUAGACCAUGAGUAUUACAAGCAGGACUUACCUUUUCUGGCCGAGGAAGCCUACCUGCAGCAAAAGGGCGCUCUCCUGGAACUCCUCCAGGGAUAUAACAAAAGGGAAGCGAGAGCAGCGGCGGGAGUCGACUCCUUGCCAUCCCACCCCCCUCGCACUACGCUGCCGCGGAUCCAGUUGCCGCAUUUCUCAGGGAAGUACGAAGACUGGCCAGCCUUCAGGGAUCUCUUCAACUCCAUUAUUGAAAGGGAUGCCUCUAUAACGCAAGUAGAAAAAUUGCAUUAUUUGAAAACCUGUUUGAAGGGCGAAGCCGAAUUAUUGAUCCGCGAUCUAUCUACGACGUCCGAGAAUUUUACUAGAGCCUGGGAAACGCUAAGCGCGUACUAUGAAAAUAAGAGACUCCUAGUGCGUGCCUAUUUCUCGAAUUUCUUCGCGCUUCAAAAGAUAAAAACCGAAUCGGCAGAGGAAUUACGCAAGAUAUUCCACGGAGUAAAGUCGGUAGUCAGCUCGCUCGAGAGCAUAAAUCGGCCGAUCUCAAGCUGCGAAGAUUUGUUCGUUUACCUCGCGGUCGAGUUGCUCGACACCCGCUCCCGUCGGGAGUGGGAAAACUCCAUUAGUGACUCGGUAGAACCUCCCUCAUACAAGGUUCUCGAACAAUUUCUCGAGCGACGGUUGCACACUCUUGAGUCGAUGUCGCCGGUUAAUAAGGCUGAUCGUACGCCCUCAAAGUCAGAGCCGAAGACGACGCGGAGCCAUCACGCGCGAAAGCAGGAGGCGAAGCCGGAGGUACUACGCGGACGCUGUUCUCUAUGUCAGAAAGACCAUUUUGUCAUGUUAUGCGACUCCUACAGGAAGAAAACCGCAUCCGAUCGCAAGCAGCACAUUGAGAACCAUAACUUGUGCACCAACUGUCUCGGGCGCCACAAGGUGGAAGAUUGUUGCUCAAAGAAAAACUGCACCGCGUGUGGAAAUCGGCACCAUACUUCCUUGCACGACGCGUUCCGGGAAAGCGAUUCCGCUACAAGCACGAACGUAGCCCUGCGAAAAACCGGAACUCUCUCCUCCGUCCUUCUGGCAACCGCGCGCGUUCGCGUAGCCGACCGAUACGGUAAUUGGCACCCCGCUCGUGCCCUACUCGACCAAGGCUCCGAAUCGUCUAUUAUUUCUCAUCGGCUUGUGGGAAAGUUAAAUCUACCUCGCUCUCCGGUAAGGGUCGCAGUGUACGGAGUCGGCGGCCAGAAGACAAGCACAUCGCGGAGUCGAGUCACGCUCACCAUGGCUCCUCGGAGUGAGCGUCCUACGAUCCAACUAACCGCUCUGGUUCUUCCGCGCCAACUCACUGCCUACUCCGGCGCAAGCACGCUCGGCUCCAGGACUUGGCCGCACCUCCAAGGAGUACUACUCGCCGAUCCUGACUACAGUGCUGAGGAUCCAGUAGAUCUCAUCCUAGGCGCCGACGUUUAUGGCGAAAUCCUCUUGCCUGGCCUACGGAAGGGUACUCGUCACGAACCUGUAGUGCAAAACACAAAAUUAGGAUGGAUACUCUCCGGCGCUGCCGAAAGCGGACCUUCCCCCGCAACAAUGCGCUCUCACCAAUGCCAAGUGGAUGACGACCUCUCCGCGAUGGUGCGACGCCUGUGGGAACAGGAGGAGCUUCCAUCCGCUACAUCUGCUCUCUCCAAGGCUGAGGUCGAGUGCGAGGACCACUACGUCCGCACUCACUUUCGGAAGCCCGACGGUCGGUAUGUUGUGCGGCUGCCUCUAACAACAUCAAUGCCCGAUCUCUCCGGAACUCGUCGCAUAGCUCUUCGCGCUCUGAAACGAAUAGAAAGUCGCUUCAUUAAGGAUCCCGCCUUCUACUCUCUUUAUCGAGAAUUCAUGCAGCAGUACAUGGAGCUCGACCACAUGCUGCCGGCACAAACUCCAGCGAACGGCACGACAGUCUGCUAUUUACCUCAUCACGGGGUCCUGCGGGAAUCUAGCGUCACGACCAAGCUCCGCGUAGUCUUUAAUGGCUCAGCGAUCGUGACAACGGGCUCAUCUCUCAAUCAACAUCUUCACUGCGGACCCAACCUGCUGCCGACUUUAGCUGACGUGCUCCUUCGAUGGCGUCGCCAUCGCUACGUCCUCGCCACGGACGUUGAAAAGAUGUACCGGCAGAUCGAAGUCCAUCAACAAGACAGAGAUCUGCAAAGAAUACUGUGGCGAUCAAGCCCUAAGGAAAACAUCCAGGAGUACCAAUUAAAAACGGUAACUUACGGCCUCUCCUGCGCACCAUUUCUGGCGAUCCGCACGCUGCACCAGCUUGCCCACGAUGAGAAGUCGAGCUACCCGCUCGGCGCCACUGCCCUUCUCAAGGAUAUUUAUAUGGACGACGUCCUCACAGGCACGUCUACGAUCAAAGAAGCCAAGGAACUUCUCCGACAGCUGACCGGAAUCUGCAGGGCGGGCGGUUUCCCGCUUAAAAAAUGGUCCGCCAACGAUGCCGCUCUACUCAGCGAUGUACCCUGCGAGGACCGGCUGCUACGUGAACCGCGGUGGUGGCAACCCGGGGAAAGUCACUCGACUCUGGGCUUGCUUUGGCACCCUCACGAGGACUCCUUUGCCUUUUCAGCAGCGUUUACUCAGCCGGACGUCCUCUCAAAACGCACCGUCCUCUCCUUGACAGCCAGAUUGUUUGACCCGUUGGGAUGGCUCUCCCCCGUGACGGUACGGGCAAAAAUCUGGAUCCAAGCCGCCUGGUUGCGAGGCGUCGAGUGGGAUGACCCCUUACCCGAGGAUGACGCCCAUCAAUGGAGAGGCUGGCAGUCGGAGCUCCCACACCUAGGAGACAUCCGGAUUCCUCGCUGGUUAAAGUCUGAGCCGACUGACAGUAAUCCGGAAAUUCAUGGCUUUGCCGACGCUUCGGAGAAGGCUUUCGCCGCCGUAGUAUACCUGCUAACACGAGACAAAAACAAUCAAGUCCAGGUAUCUCUUCUCUCAGCUAAAACUAAAGUCGCUCCUCUUAAGCAGGUUAGCUUACCUCGGUUGGAGUUGUGCGCCGCUACUCUGCUGACACGGCUCGUCGCGCACAUCCGACUUGCUCUGGACGCCUUGGCCACUCCGACACAUUUGUGGACCGACUCAACCGUCGUCUUAGGAUGGAUCCGAGGCCACCCAGCAUCCUGGAAGACCUACGUGGCUAACAGGGUCAGCGAGAUCCAGACCACGUUACCCGACGUCGCAUGGCAUCACACUCCUGGAGUAGACAACCCAGCCGACUGUGCUUCCCGAGGCCUGUCUCCCUCGGAGCUGAAAGGCCAUCCACUUUGGUGGAACGGCCCCCGCUGGUUGCAAGGAGAUCCGGAACAAUGGCCGCUCGGCCCUGUCAGCACCCGCGGCGUCGACCUGCCUGAGCGGCGUCUCGGCGUACAUCAAACUACUGCGGCCGAUGAUUCGAUCGAUGAACCGGAGCUUCUGACGCAAUACUCCGAGCUCCACCACCUAGUGAGGAUCACAGCCUGGUGCCGCCGUUGGUUACGCCUUAGGAAGACCAAGGGCAUUGAGCCGGGAGGCAGUCGCAACCUCCCAGCGCCCGUACUGCUACCUUCCGAACUGGAUGAGGCGUUGGCUGGCUGGAUUCGGGUGGUCCAAGCGAUCAACUUUAAGAAGGAGUUAAAGUUCGUGCACAGAGCCGUUCCACUUCCGAAAAAAAGCACGCUAGCCAAGCUAGGACCUUUUCUAGACAGCAAGGGUAUUCUUCGCGUCGGCGGACGGCUGAGCAAUGCGGCGAUGACACGCGAGGCGAAGCACCCGACCUUACUACCAAGCGCCUCCCAUCUGACGCAGCUGCUGAUCAAGGCCACCCACCUGCGGACACUGCAUGGAGGAGUGCAGCUUACCCUGGCCGCCCUGCGCCAGGAGUACUGGGUGUUACGCGGGAGAGCUUUAGUGAAGAGCUUUAUUCAUCGCUGUCUGCCGUGCGUGCGAUGGCGGGCGGCUACCCCUCAACCACCAAUGGGUAACUUGCCUGCUCCCAGAGUCAUACCAUCACGGCCGUUUCUGCACACUGGCGUAGACUACGCUGGACCUGUCUGGUUACGCACCUCCAAGGGCCGAGGUCAUCGUGCGUAUAAGUCCUUCCUAGUAAUCUUUGUCUGUCUUAGUUGCCGCGCGGUCCACCUUGACGUCGCUUCCGACUAUACCUCCGAUGCCUUCUUGGGCGCUUUACGUCGGUUCAUCAGCCGUCGCGGCCUAUGUAAAGUCCUCUACAGUGACCGCGGAACGAACUUUGUAGGCGCCGAUAAUGAACUUCGAGCGCUUUUUUCCGCCAACAGCAAAGAAGGACGACAAAUCCGCACUCGCCUAGCAGAUGAAAGAAUCGAGUGGUGCUUUAAUCCGCCAGCCGCUCCUCACUUCGGCGGUCUCUGGGAGGCGGCCGUCAAAUCGGUGAAGCAUCACCUUCGCCGUGUGAUCGGAGACGCCAAAUUAACCUACGAGGAGAUGGCCACACUUCUAGCACAGAUUGAAUCCUGCCUAAACUCUCGCCCACUUCAAGCCAUGUCGGACGACCCAGAGGACCUAGAGGCGCUGACCCCUGGCCAUUUCCUCGUAGGCACGGCGCUCAACGCCAUCCCGACUUCACCACUGACGGAAGGGCCUAAGUCGCUACUCACCAGGUGGAAGCUGCUUGGUCAAAUGCGAGACAGCUUCUGGACCCGAUGGUCACGAGAAUAUCUCCACUCUCUAACACAUCGACCGAAGUGGUACAAGGCCGACGAGGAAGUCCGCAUCGGCCGCCUUUGUCUGCUCCGUUGCGAAGUCUCACCUCCCAACAAAUGGCCCCUAGCCAGAAUCGAAAGCGUCUACCCCGGGGGAGACGGACACACUCGAGUCGUCCGCGUUCGCACUUCCACCGGAAACCUAACGCGACCUGUAACAAAAUUAGUGCUCCUCCCUGUCAGCUCCGGCGCCAGAGAAGACGGCGAAUCAUAA